GGGAGAUCGGAUUGACGCACAGCUUUGUCAGAGACAUGUGCAUCAAAGAUCAAAGAUCACUAUUUAUCACAUAAAAACCCCACUCCUCCUGCGUGUCGGUCGACGGGGUCUAGCAAUCACCAUAUCUCAACAGCUUCCUUCAAUUUGUCUUCAACCAACAACAUCGGAACCAAUAAACAUCUCUACACAAAUCAUGCCAAGCAGCAAAGGAAAACCCACAGACCCACAGCUUCGAGAGGAACUCAAGGAGGAAAUCAAGCAAGAACCCAAUAAAUCCGGCGAUGGAAAGGGACAGUGGGCAGCAUGGAAAGGGAUGAAACUGGCUAAAGAGUACGAAAAGGCAGGCGGUGGGUAUGAAAAUGAGCCUGGCUCCAAAAAUGAGCCCAAGUCUGGGACGCCAGUUGCGAAAAGUGAGAAGAAGAAGAACGAAGAGAUGGAAGAGUAAUGUGCGUCUGGAGAGAUAUUUAUUUUUCCUGCUGGCAAGGCCGGUGGUGAUUGACGCAAUCGGGAUCAUCAGUUGUUGAGAGAUGGGCGUUUACGCCAUCUGCUCGUGUUCUUUGAGCACACUGGGACGAC